AUGGCUCGGGCACUUGGAGCUGGAAACAUUUUGCUAAAGAGCGAUUCACAACUAGUCAUAGGGCAACUUAAGGGAGAUUUUGAAAUCCCACGAGACCAAAAUGCUGAAGCCGAUGAAGUGGCCCGAAGCACAACAGCAGAUGAUAAAGGAAAGGACGGACAGUUACCACUAAAUCCUGAGGAAGCGAAGAAGAUCCAGAAACAGGUUGCCCAUUUCACGAUACUGAAUGACGAGUUUUACAAAAGAGGUUUCUCACAGCCUUACUUGAGGUGUGUUGAAGAGGAAAAGGCCAAGUAUGUCCUGGAAGAGGUGCAUGGAGGAGUUUGUGGCGACCACCUGGGAGCAAAAUUCCUCAUCCGAAAAAUCAUGAGGACAGGUUAUUUUUGGCCCUCAAUGCAGCAAGACGCACUAGAGUUCGUCAAGUGGUGCAACUAUUGCCAAAGGUUCGGGAUUCCAAGGAUGAUCAUUUCAAACAAUGGUCGUCAAUUUGACAGUCAAGGAUUCAAGUCGUUCUGCUCAAGUUUGGGCAUCAAGAACAAGUACUCAUCCCCCGGACAACCUCAGGCCAAUGGACAGACGGAAGUAACAAACGAAACCUUGCUCAAGAUCAUCAAGGCUCAGUUAGUAAGGGCAAAGGGAGCAUGGCCCAAAGAGUUACCAGGCGUCCUAGGGGCCUACAGGACGACAAUAUGGACCCCAACAGGAGAAACACCUUUCAACCUAACUUAUGGCACAUAA